GAUUGAUACAUUACAUUACAUAUGCUAACAAUUAUAAUUAAAAUAUUAACCAUACAUGUACAUACGUAUGUAUAUAUUUUAUUACUAUGUUCCAUUUUUAAUUAAAAUUUAUGUUUUGAAUAUUACUUUGCUAAAUUGCAGCAACAAAUCACAAAACAAUGGCAUUUUAUCUUUGCUGGCAUCAUACCACCGAAGCAAUGCAUGCACAUGUUGUCUCUUCAAAAUUUGUGUGCAAAUGAAAACAACUCUGAAACCACCAUACUGACAGUUCAUUGCUAGCAAUGUAUGACAGGAAAUGUAUUUAGACAUCAAUUGCUAACCGUUGACAAUAUUGCUAGCAAUUCAGUUUUUUAGCAAUAUUUAAUUUCCUGGCAUCUAGACUUUUUUUUACUUUACUUACUACGCCUCUGCUUUUCGUUUAAGAAUAUGUUAUUUAAAAAUUAUUUUUAGAACAUUUCAAAAAUAUGAAUGUGGAAAGAUGAAAUUCACUCCAACACACACGCACAAUCACGGGCUUAAAUAUGAAAUUUACAUAUUAAUGUAAAGUAGGUACAAAUGUUCGACUAAUAUCAUUCAAUUUCGUACAAAAAAAAAUUUUGCUUUAAAAUAUUCAAUUUUUAUGGAGCAGUAAAUUACUUACAAGUCUAUGAACUUCGCAAUUUAAAAUGAUGGUUUUACAUUAAGUUAUAAAUUCACAAGAAACAACAAAUUUACUUUAAAAUACUCAAAUUUCAAUCGUAACGGUUAAGUUUACGAAAAACCCGUAAGAGCCUAUAUUUUAGAGCAUUCAAUUUCCCACAAAAUCUAUGAAACGAGAUAUUUUUUCAAGCAGUUAGAAGCGAGAUAUGAAUUUUUCUUUUUUCUCUCUGAUAAUAAGAACAAAAUAGAAAACCGUUAAGUGGAGGAUCUUCCCGCUCAUAUUUGGAGAGCCUUUCUUAAAGGUAUAUGUCAACUAAUUUUUUAGAGUACAAAGCCAAAAAAAUUCGUUUUUGAUCCACCCUAGUGUACAUAUGUAUAUAAUGUAUCCCGUAGAUAUGUGUGUGUAUAUAAAAGAGUAAAUAUUUGUGUUAAUGAUAACUACACAUACAUACAAAUACACACUUACAUACUUAUAUAUGUAUACAUAUCUUGAUAUGAAAAACAGUGUUACACAUUAAUAUUGAGAUCAGUUAGUUGGUAACAUACAUUCAUACUAUUAUAUAAAUGUUAGUGUGUCACUUCAUUGAAUUUGAACCUUCAAGCCAUCUGACUUAAUGGCCUGUAAUCACUGUUCUUGAGUAUUUCAUCAAAAUAGUGACGCAAAGGGCAAAUGCCACAGUGAUAAAGAGCAAAGCAAAAACUUAAAUGUUCUAGACACAAAUAUAAAAAAACAGCGCGUACUCGCACUAAUGCCCUCCUUCCCCACUGAUCGACAUUGAAUGGCGCACCAUAGAUUUGAUCUCAUUUCGUUUUUUGUUUAUUUUAUUUACGAUUUCUUACGCUUGGCAGUGUCACCACCUAAGAGCCGCCGCUCCCCUAAUAACGCCAUCGAACGCUUGGCAAUUGCACCGCGCGCAUGCAUCGCGACAAACCGCGCGUCUUCGUCGCUUAUCUAACCACUUGAGUUCACUUGAGCAAUUCUCAUUCCAGUACUUCCCUGCCUCUGAUUGCGGGUCGUUUAUUCGCAUUCGGCACGUCUGUUGUUCGUCUUUGUUUGUUUUGAUUGGAAUGCUUUUGUUGCUUUGUACGCGUACGUCGCUCUCAGCCGACGCCGCGGUCCUCUGAUCAUCUGAAUAAAAUAAAAUUAAUACUUAAGUUAGCUGGUUGAAUCCGCUAGCGACACAGUUAAUUGUUGCAAACAUUAUAGGCAACCGAGUGUACGAGCGCACUUCUCAUCCACGUUAGCCGCCGGAUUCAUAUUUCUUUCCAUCUACUCCUUGCAUAUUCAAUGCGCUGGUCGCCGCAUUUCGAUCGAGCAUCCACCUAAUCGUUGCAAUAUGAAGCUGCGCGAAUAAAGUCGAUAAAAUCGAUAACAGCACUCUGGCCAAAUAAUCCAAUCAAUUAAUGGAACUCAGUGAUAAUAUUUACAAUACAAAAUCUUAAAUAAAACACAUUCAAAACUCGAAAAUCAACAGCUUCUUAAAGCUAACUUCUACCUCAUAAUAACUACAUAAACAUAUAUUGUACAUACUCGUACAUACAGACCAUAUGUACAUGUAUUUAUAUUAUUUAUAAAGCAUAAGUACAUACAAAAGGAACACAGAAGACGACAGCAUGUCCGAACUGCAAGUAAUCUCCACAAAUUACACAACCACCUCCAAAGACACACUGGAGCUGUUCGAGCUGCCACAGAAUUAUUCCGUACUCAUUAAUAAGUUAGAACGUCUGGCAUUGGGUUUGGACUCGGCCUUAGGUAAUCUCUCAUUGGAUCGCAAAGAAAUCGAGGUGGCUGUGGGUGGUUCAAAAGAAUUUCUGGACCCAUUCAGUGGUCCAACGGCGGGUGGUCAUCUACAGCCGGCCCGCAGCACAUACAACCAUCAUGAGACCGAAAUACCGUUGGUAGUGAGUGACAUCUGGAUUGGUGUCAUACUGACGCUGCUCAUUGUAUCGGUGAUUUUCUUCAUUUGUUCCUGCUUUCUAUAUCACAAAUUCCAAGAGUGGAAGAAUUCAUAUAGAACAAAUCCCGAACCCGUGGAGAUAUGUCGUCACUUCCCGCCAGAUUACGAGGUGGAAUCUCUUCCAUCUUAUACCAUUGUCUCAGGGCUGCCAACUUAUGAUGACGCUUUGGAAGAAUUUCGAAAAGCGGGCAUUAUUCUAACUUCACCCAUGCCAGUGGUGAAGAUAUUUGAGAAAGAUCCAGCGGUCGCUGGCAACUCGGGCAAAGAGAAUCAAAUCUUCAAUAUGGAAAACGGCGUGAGCCCCGACAACGACAACGUCUCGGUCACUUCGACGUGCACUUGUGGAGCGGCGAACAAUACAAACUCUAAUAAUCCAAACUCGAUAUACACUGUGCCCUCGGCACUUGCACCACAAGUCAUCGAACUAUCACCCGAACAAUUGGCGGCCCUGUCACAAAAACGCCUUUCGUUACAAAUCACCUUCAACAAUUCCGUGCGUCGCAAUUCCCGGCCCCGUGGUAUCGAUCUCUAUCGCCAGGUGAAUCGGAAUAAUUUGCUGCGCUCACAAGCUGUUGCUGCCGCCGCCGCUGCCCGCGAUGGAUUCCCACAAAUUCACCGCUCCUCGUCGACACUAGCUUUGUCCAAUGAGCCGAAUAUGUUGGAUCGACACCUGAUGCAACACCUGCAACACCGGGGCUCUCUCUAUUAAGCAUAUGAGAAAAACUGCAUUCGUCGCCAAGAAUAUACCAUUAUUAACUAUUCUUAUACGAAUAUACUUGAUGAUUCAUUAUUGAACUACAAUAUUUAAUAUACUUACUCGUGUACAUACACGUUAAUAUGUUAAAUGUAAAAAAUUUUCUUACAAUUAGUAUUUUAAAUGUAGGUAUGUAUAUUUAGUUGGAACUGUAAUAACAUAUGCACAUAAGUAUGUAGAUGUAAUACUGUAAAAACUCAGUUAAUAAAAAUAUAUAUACAUGUAUAUAAUUAUAUAAAUACUCAUAUGUAUCACUAAUUUUAAUUGGAAGCCUAUAUCUCUCAAAACUCUUCCUGAGAAUCAGCUGGAGUUUCAUUCCACUUGGACCAAACUUUUCGGUUGAACGUAUUUCGUUUUUAAAUUGUGGACAAAAAAGGGAUCUAUCCAAGAUCGAAGAACAAUAAAAGCGAUGAACUUUCCCAGAUGCAUUUAUAUCAAAGAAAACCAAGGAGAAACUGUCCGCAACAUUUUAGUUUCGAAAUUCCCAAAUAUAAGCUCUUAAACUAAGUUUUAUGAAAAAUUCUUAAUUGUUUUUUGCGCGUUUUAUGACGUGAAACGUAUGGAUCGCCAAAAGUUAUUAAGAAAAUUUAAGCAAAUACUAUUAUCCUCAAUUUAACACGUAUAAAUAAAGACGGAAGAAAAGAGCCAAGAACAAGUAUAAAUAAAUAAAAACCUAGUUCCCUAGAAAAUUUGAAUUAUUGAACCAUUUUGUGUUUAAAAAGGGAGUUACAGUUACAACAUAACCGAUUUUGAGUAUCAAGAAUACGCCGAUUUUUGGUGUGCACCUGUGUUGUGUAUUAAUCGAGCAAAGGGGUUCUCCAAUUCCAGCUCGAACCUGCGAACGAC